AUGACAUCAGAAGUAGGUCCUAUACGUAAGUCAGAGGAAACCAACGUAGAAACAACAAAGCCUGACGUGCCACAGCAGGUUGUUACAGGGAGAAAGGCGGCCAGGUCACUUCGAUUAUUCAGAGGCGAUUCCAUCAAGAAGGACGGUGCCGAUUCGAGCUCAUCAACCACCGAUUUUAUCAAUGAACUUCAGGCCAACCAGAGGCGGAUCUCUCGGGUCUCAAUACUGACCGACGAUCUGGGCUCAGGAAGCAUAAAUCAGACUGAAUCACACAGAGUUGGCCAAUCUUCGACUGCGCCAGGACCAUUAGCAUCAACAUCAGCAUUAGCAUUAGCAUCAGCAUCUACCGUAGCAUCACCUUCGUCGACAAAGGUAAACAAAACAACUAAAAAGGAGAACAGUACUGACAGAACUGCCUCCGUAUCUUCAUUAAGCGAUGUGGUGCCAUUCCAUGCCAUCCCUUCCCAAGCAGAAAUUCAGCCUCUGGCCCAAACGCAUCUUGCAUUAGAACCUGUAUCAUCAGCUACAUACUUCCCACAUACACCAGCCAAAUCAGACAAUAUAUCCUUGUCUGACAAGGACACAAUUGAAACACAGCAUUUGACAGCGGAUCUUGAAUUUGACCACUCCUCGGACGGCGAUAUUACGAAGAUCCAGAGGAAUGAAACGUUGAAGCUGGGAGAACUCAGUUUACCAAAAGAAAUCGACCCUGAGUCCAAAUCGCAGACAGAUCCGUCUGAGUUCAGAUCACAAGAUCAGACACAGAGGCCCUCACUGGGCAAGAUUCAGGGAGCUGCUGUACUCCCAUUAUCCCAACCGCAUCUCCCUGACGAGAAGAGAGGGGAAAAAACGUUAGCUCCUCAUGUUGAUCUGUUUGUGGAUACUGAAGCUGACGAAUAUCCCUUGGCAGUGGAGUUACGACCAUUCAAAAACAAAGUAGGUGGUCAUACAGCAAUUUUCAGAUUUUCUAGGAAAGCGGUCUGUAAAGCAUUGAUGAACAGGGAGAACUUGUUUUAUGAAACAGUAGAACUUCGAGUGCUGGAGCUAUUAGAGUUCAUGCCAAAAUAUAUUGGAGUGUUGAACGUAAGGUACUCGAGCAUUUUGAACGAUGAUCAGCCUCAUGUAGAAGAUGCAAUGGAUUCGCAAAUCGAGGAACCUGUAGAUAAGUUUCUUUACAAUAGAAUUAAUAUUGAAGGUACUAGCAACGGGCAUGCUAACGAUGAUGAAGAUGAAGACUCAGGGGACUUGCCACCAGAAGUUGUGUUGGAUGAUAACAAGCAUAUUAUUCCUGACUCGUUGUGGAACAAGUAUUCACAUGAUGCGGAUAACUCGCCAAAGGACAGUGGUGCUCUUACGCCAUCAAAUUCGUUUGAAUUGACAAAGAGUAUGGAGAGCUUCUCUGUACAUUCGUCAGCUUCGUUAUCACCACCAAAUGUUUCUAUUAACUCACCUAGGACUCACAGUAAAGUUGGGUCUACUUCAAUUAAUACAGAUUUACAAGCACAGGUUCUUCAAGAGGUAUUUGCGCCUAAAAAGACAAGACGAGUGGUGGCGCCUGAAACGCAAGGAAGUGGAACCCAUGAUAUAUUUGCAAUGGAUGAAGAUGAAGACCCCUUGGUAGGCGGUGGAAUGACUAAACCAAGAAGACACUCAUCACUUACGUCAGUGCAUUCAUUAACAAGUUCCUUCCAUCAUUCACCCAAGCUUAGUACUUCUCACAUUAAGUCAAACUCGGUCACAUCCCAAAAAUCCAUCUUGCGCAAGCAUACUAGAUUUGAAAGAUUUAUCUUGCUAGAAGAUCUUACAGUUGAUAUGAAAAAACCGUGUGUGUUAGACCUCAAAAUGGGGACAAGGCAAUACGGAGUUGAUGCAAAGCCUUCAAAACAAAAGUCUCAAAGAAAUAAAUGCUUAAGCACAACAUCAAGGAAAUUGGGAGUAAGAAUAUGUGGAAUGCAAGUUUGGAAUGCUUCGGAAGAAAAAUUUUUCAUUAAGGAUAAAUACUUUGGAAGAAGAGUACGCAUUGGACUGGAAUUUUGUAAGAGUUUAGCCAAAUUCUUGUAUGACGGUAAGCUGAACUACUCUAUCGUUAGACAUAUUCCUCAUUUAAUCUCGAAAUUUGAAGACUUGUAUAAAGUAUUUGGUCACUUGAUUGGAUAUAGGAUGUAUGGUUCUUCGAUAUUGUUGAUGUACGAUGGAGAAACCAAUGCAUGCAAAGAGGAGAGUUGUAUUAAGGUCAAGAUUAUUGAUUUUGCUCAGCUGGUUAUAGCAGGUGAUGAUGCUAUGACAAGCUCAACGCGAAUCCCACCUCAGCAUCCAAAUUUGCCAGAUAUGGGGUAUCUUAGAGGAUUGAAGUCGCUUACUACGUAUUUCAAAAUCAUAUUUGAGCUACUUACCAAAAGUGAAUACUUGGGAUUCGAAAUGGCAUUGAAUGUGAUCAAGAGGGAAAAGGAUUCCUUAUUGAAGCAGAAUAAUCCAUGGCUUGAUGUGUUUCUGGAGGAUUUGAAAGAAGAGCCCAAAAGUUUGAGGGAGACAGAGGAUCCCUUUGAAGGAGAAUACCCUCACUAUACAGAUGAAACGGGGAUUUCUGAAUAA